CUAUUAAAAAAAAAAAAAAGAACCCUUCCAUGGCGGGAAAAUAGAAACCUACAUAUGCAAUUUGUGCCGCCAGAUUUUUCUAGGGUUUGUAAUUGACGAACAAAAAGUUCUGAUUCUCUUUCUCGGAAAACUUUUUCCCGCAUUUUCUAUUCAGUCGAGUCGUGAGCAGAAAGAUGCCGACAUACAAGAUCAGAGGCAUCGAUGUCGAUUUUCCAUUCGAGGCCUACGAUUGCCAGCUUGUUUAUAUGGACAAAGUCAUUCAAUCUCUCCAAAAUAAAUGCAAUGCGCUUCUGGAGAGUCCCACGGGAACUGGGAAAACACUAUGUCUUCUCUGUGCAACGUUGGCGUGGAGGAAGAGUUUGGGCAGUUUCUCGACUGGCAUUAGUGUGAGCAGCAGUCAGUACGAUUCAAAGUCGCAGUCUUCAACCCCAAAGCUUCCUACCAUUGCAUAUACAUCGCGCACUCACAGCCAGAUUCGGCAAGUAAUUCAAGAGUUGAAAAGAACGUCUUAUAGGCCCAAAAUGGUAGUAUUAGGGUCUCGAGAGCAGUUAUGCAUUCAUGAUACAGUUAGUUCACUCCAUGGGAAAGCACAAUCAAAUGCUUGCCUCCUGCUUCGCAAAAGCCGUCAUCAGGACGAAAAGCAUGAAAAGCAAGAAAAGCGUGCUAGCUGUGCUCAUUAUUAUCAUGUUGCUGAUUACUUGAAGAGCAAUCCUCACCUUGGAGAUGAGCCUAUAGAUAUUGAAGAUUUGGUCAAUAUUGGAAAAUCAUCUGGGCCGUGCCCUUAUUAUAUGUCCCGAGAGAUCCAUAAGGUUGUCGAUAUCUUAUUUGCACCUUAUAAUUAUCUCAUUGAUCGUGGGUAUAGAAAAUCUCUAAACCUGAAUUUCAAGAACAGUAUACUCAUAUUUGACGAAGCUCACAACCUGGAAAGCCUAUGUGCUGAUGCAGCUUCUUUUGACUUGCCUUAUUGGCUUCUCACAGCUUGCAUUUCUGAAGCAAAAAAUUGCAUUGAUAUUUCUGUAACAAGAAGAGAAAUUUCUGAUGACAAGUCAAAUAACCCAGAUAAUUAUGCGAUUCUCAGAGCACUUCUUUUGAAGCUUGAGAAGCGGAUUGCUGAAGUGCCUAUUGGAUCUAAGGAAUUAGGAUUCUCCAAGCCUGGGCCUUACAUCUAUGAAUUGCUUGCUGAUUUAAAUAUUACUCAUGAAACUGCCUUGAAGCUUGUUAGUAUAAUUGAUGAUGCAACUAAACUUCUAGAAGAAGAUAACCAGCAAAAAGGGAAAAACAAUAUCUGCCGGCUGGAAAGCAUUAGCAACAUGCUUAAUAUAGUUUUCAGACAAGACACUACGCAUGCGAAAUUCUAUCGUGUUCACGUGCAGGAAGUUGACGCAAGUGCGCCAGAUGGAUUAAGAGGUAAAGCAUCUAGGACACUUAGCUGGUGGUGUUUUAAUCCAGGAAUUGCGCUGGAGGAAUUCCCCAAGAUGGAAGUGGGUUCUCUUAUAUUGACAUCUGGCACAUUAUCUCCUAUGGAUUCAUUUGCUCUGGCACUAAAACUGGAAUUUCCAGUCCGUUUGGAGAACCCUCAUGUUAUAACCUCUAAUCAGAUAUGGGCUGGAGUUGUACCAUGUGGUCCUUCGAGUUACUCUUUCAACUCCUCUUAUAGGAGCCGCGAUUCUCUUGAAUACAAGCAAGAGCUUGGUAAUGCUAUAGUAAAUUUUGCUCGAAUAGUACCAGAUGGACUGCUGGUAUUCUUUCCGUCUUACUACCUUUUGGACCAAUGCAUUGCAUGCUGGAAGACAACGAAUCAAGCUAAUUCAGCAACGAUAUGGGAAAGAAUAUCGAAGCAUAAGAGGCCUGUUGUGGAACCUCGACAAUCUUCAUUGUUUCUUUUGUCAAUUGAGGAUUACAUGGCUAAGCUGAAGGACACCUCAUCUUCUGGUGCAAUAUUUUUUGCUGUUUGCCGUGGUAAGGUAAGUGAAGGACUAGAUUUUGCCGAUCAUGCUGGAAGAGCUGUAGUCAUCACUGGUAUGCCAUUUGCCACAAUAACGGACCCAAAGGUACGAUUGAAGCGUGAGUACUUGAAUGAACAGACGCAUUUUCAAAGAGAAGCAGGCAAGUCGGAAUCUCUUACUGGAGAAGACUGGUACAGUCAACAAGCAUCACGAGCGGUGAAUCAGGCUGUUGGACGUGUAAUCCGUCAUCGCCAUGACUAUGGAGCCAUUAUCUUUUGUGAUGAGAGGUUUUCACAUUCAAAUCGUCAGUCUCAAAUCUCUCUAUGGAUACAGCCUCAUCUCAAGACCUACUCGAAAUUUGGGGAUGUAGUUCUCACAUUGACCCGUUUCUUUCGAGAUGGAAGAGAUUGGGGUCCUACAAAGCUGAAGUUACUAGAAAGUGAAAAACUGGUAGACCUGAGUUCUACCACAAAAUCAGCACAGAUUGGUGAAAGUGAGGUGAAAGUGGAGCAGUCUCGAGACAAAUUUAAUUUAGAAAAGCUUCAGCGCUCGACGGUAUCAGCGGGUUCAGUAUUGGAGAAAGUUCAAGCUGCUAAUCGCUUAUCUCUUACUUCCUUCAAGGAUCAGUCUGCAACAUCUACGUCUUCAAAUGAACUAUUGGGCAAUGAGAAAAAGUUGCUCAUUUCUGCUGGGAAAGCUUUACGGUAUCAAAGUAGUAGAACAGGAACAACUGAUUCUCCUCGUAAUUCUAUAUUAAAUGAAGAAUCAUUUAGAGCACUAUUAACUCCUUGUCCUUCCAAGAAGCGUAAAGUUGUAGGCACAAAGCAUGAAGUGAUGCUUCAUGAUGAAAAUUUUAAGGACCAUUCACAUUGUUUGAGAAAUUGUGCAUCGAAUGACUUUUCUUCAUCUCCUAGUUCUCUGGAAUGUGAGAGCAGACGUGAUUCUGACAGUAGAAGUACACAAAGUGCCCAAAUUGGUGUUUCGCUGCUUAGUGAAGAGAGUAGGACUAGGAAUAACAAAAAGAUGGAAGCUGACGUUGUUGGUCGCAAAGACAAUGUGACUUCUGGUAAUACGGAAACCAGAGGAUCUGACUUCUUGAAUCAGGUUCAAGAGAAACUCGGUGCUUCUGAAUAUGAAGAAUUUGUGAAUUUGAUGAAAGCGUUUAAAUCCAAAGCAAUGAACUUAACUGAAGUUUUGGGUUCUAUUGCCAGAUUAUUUUCUGGACCAGAGAGGUUCUCUCUUCUCAAAAGGUUCAAGGAUUUUGUCCCCACCAAGUAUCAUUCUAUAUAUGACCAAUUUCACAACACAAGCAAUGAUCCGGGCGGUAAGCGAGAUGAACACUGAGGGAUAGCCCAGCACAAUCUCUUGUUAAAUUGAAGCCCAGAAACCUGUUCUCGCUAUCAAAUUGUGCAAGUACUUGGCAGAAGAAGAAAAUAAAAAUAAAAAAGUUAAAAGGCUCUGGUUGGCCUUGAAGACUUGAAGCUGAUUUUUGUUAACUAGUGUCCUUGAGAGGUAUAAUUAUAUACGCAGCCCCUAGAUUUUGAAGUUAUCACGAGUCAGCAAAUGCUCAUAUGUAAUUUUUGUUACAAAAAAAAAAAAAAAAAAGCAACUGAACUUUCAUUUGUUUACGCAUGGAAAUCUCAUAGUUAAUAGAAUUUGGUUCGAUGUAAAUCAUACUUGUAAUUCAUGCUUAUGCAUACAGAAAUGUUUUCGGGGUUGACGUUAUUUUGUAACUAUAUGGUGGUUCGGAUGAAUUGAUAAUUGAAUGAAAAUUUUGAUGU